UGAUAACUGUGUUGGUUUUUCUUAGGGGUUGAUUGUGUUGUUGGAUGGGUUGAGGUGGUUUGGUUUUGCUGGUGGAUUGAUUAGGUUGGGGGGUUCAGUCGACAUACAAUAGGAAUCGGCUGGUGAGUAGAGUUCGUGAUGCGGUACGCUCAUUGUCUUCAAUAAGCAACAUACUUACAGUCAUUCAUAAUCAUCGUCAUUGCCAUUGAAGUAGAUCAACCAAGUCAGGAACCGUCCCGCAUCCAGAACCUUCUUCUUCCUCGUCUUCUUCUUUAGUCCUUCCUCCUUUCCCCUGAUUAGCCAUGCUUGAUAAGCAUCUUCAGCAAUCUUGGCUUCGACAGGGUCUCCACCCAACCCGUGCCUCGGUUUGAUAUUUUCGGGUUUCCUCCUGUGGAUCAUAUAAAUGCCCCGGGGGAUUUUUUUUGCUUUUUUCUGUCUUCCGUUCGUAGUGUACUGUACAUAUACUUGUCGAGAGACAUACUAAUCAAAAUGCCGUCCGUGUUAAGUGAGCCUGUCAAGUUGCCUUGCGGCUUGGUUCUGCCGAAUCGGCUGGCUAAGGCUGCGCUCGCUGAGUCGCUCGCUGGAUCCAAGAAUGCGGUUACCCCGACCUUGUUGAAGGCGUAUGAUCGCUGGGGUCAGGGUGGUUGGGGCAUGAUCCUUACUGGUAACGUCCAAGUCGACGUCAACCACCUCGGUCAGCCCUUCGACCCCGCCCUGCAGGGCGAAUACACCGGCGACGCCACCGACCUGGUGGCCAGCUGGGCCGCCUACGCCACCGCCGUCCAGCAGCACGGCACCCCCGGCAUCGUGCAGCUCUGCCACCCGGGCCGCCAGUCGGUGCGCUUCGCCGGCCGUCGCGGCAUGUUCGCUGCCACGCUCGCGCCCAGCGCCAUCCCGCUGCAGAUGGGCGACGGCCUCGUCGCGCGCUGGCUCAGUUGGUUCCUGUUCCCCCCGCCGCGCGCCAUGGAUCAGGCCGAUAUCGACCGCGUCACGCGGCAGUUUGUCGACGCUGCGCGGUUGAUGGCGGAUAGUGGCUUCUCUGGCGUGGAGUUGCAUGGCGCGCAUGGGUAUUUGAUUGAUCAAUUCUUGAAUGCUAAGACGAAUAAACGCACCGAUGCGUACGGCGGCAGUGCGGAGAAGCGCGCCAAGUUUGUGCUGGACAUCAUCCGCGCGAUCCGCGAGGUGGUGCCGCGCGGCUUUGCGGUGGGCAUCAAGUUGAAUUCCGCCGACCACAGCUCGAGUACCUUCGAGGAAACGAUGACGCAGAUCCAGUUGCUGGUGGAGGCCGGGGUCGACUUCCUGGAGAUCAGUGGUGGGAGCUAUGAGAAUCCGGAGAUGAUGGGCAUCGACGCCCACAAGAGCGAACGCACCCUCGCCCGGGAGGCGUUCUUCAUCGAAUUCGCCAGCGAGACCCGCCAGCGAUUCCCCAACUUAGUGCUGAUGUUGACCGGCGGUUUCCGGACUCGCGCCGGCGCCGAGUCGGCCGUGCAGCAGAAUGUCUGCGAUAUCGUCGGGUUGGGACGCCCGGCGGCCAUCGACCCUAACCUGCCCAAGGUGUUUCUGGAUGAGGGGCUGGAGGAGGAGAAGGCCCGGUUGGUGCUGGGGAGGGUGCCUGUGCCGGCGUUGGCGCGGCUGCUGCCGUUCAAGGGCGUCGGAGCAGGUUUGGAAUCGAAUUAUUAUGCGGCACAGAUCAAGCGGUUUGCUCAGGGGUUGAGGACGAUUAUUCCGGGAGUAUAGCCUUAUCAAGGAGAGGGAGUGUUGGUUACUGUGUAGAAACGAUGGUCAAUGUACGACCGCUGUUUGGGUUAAUUCAUGUAUAAACAAUAGGGACUAGACGAAUUUCACAAGUAUAAUAAGUAGCUUCAACCUAUGAGGUGGGUUCAGCAG